AUGAAUCAAGACAUACGAAGCGAUUCGCCGAAUAAGGAACAGAAGACUUCGUUCCUCAUCGAAGAUAUUCUAUAUAGAGGCAGGAAUACUUUCAAGCAACCUGAAUCUAGAAGGUUCGAUUACGAGCCAAAGUAUUACCCAGUUGCCAAUGAAGUCCGGCCAGUGGCUAGGGAUGGGUCGUACUUGCAAGUGAUGGGAGCUCUGGGCGCGUAUCUGCAUACGCCAAACACAUUUAAAGCUGUGGAAACUCCUUAUUUUUUAUCUCAAGGAGUCCCUUACCACGCGUUGUUCACACCAUCAGAACUUUCGCUGUCAGCGUUGAAGCAUUGCCGCCGGCGAAAAGCGAGAACAGUCUUCUCUGACCCACAAUUAACAGGUCUGGAAAAGCGUUUUGAAUCCCAGCGCUACCUUUCAACGCCAGAAAGGGUUGAGCUGGCCGGAGCCCUAAAUCUUUCGGAGACACAAGUGAAGACCUGGUUCCAGAACAGACGGAUGAAGCACAAGAAGCAGAUGAGGAAACAGCAACAGCAGCGAGGAGCAGUGGCGAUGAAUUUCACAACCAAACACCCACAGCCAGAACGGAAGGAGGAAUCGAGAAUUUCAACAACUCAAACAUCAGAUUCAGAGAGUGAACAUAGUGACAGCGAUGUCGACAUCGUAGGAGAAACCUAUACCCAUUACAACACGUAA